GUAUUAAUAAUUGUUCCUAGUGAUCAAUUGGAUUAUUUUUUAAUUCAUUGCUUAUAUUUGAGACCAAAUGGAACAUUUUUGCUGAAUGAAAGAUUUGACUGCUGAUCUAUGAUAACUUGAUAAGUUUAUAAUUUUGAACUUGAUACCAAUUAACAAUAGUAAGGAAAAAAAUUUCUAGUCGAAAAAAUUCCAAAAUGGCAUUCUUGAUGCGUACUGUGUCUCACAAGCAAAUUUUAAAACUUAUGAGUAGCCCACUUAUGCUGAAACAUUUAGCUGCAAUACAUGGUCGAGCUCGUAUUGGCAAUAGAGAUGUUGUAGGAUUUGGAGUCAAUGGAGAAUAUUCAUACAUUGAUCGAGUAGAUUACCCAAUGCCUGCAAUUCGAUUUCGAGAAAAUACAUCUGAAUCUAAAUCUCUUCGAGAAAAAGAAAAAGGAGAUUGGAAAAAAUUGACAUUAGAUGAGAAAAAAGCCUUAUAUAGGCACAGCUUUUGUGCAACUUUUGCUGAGCAACGUGCUCCAACUGGAGAUUGGAAAUAUAUAAUAGGUGGUGUUUGCAUCUUUAUGAGUCUUACACUUUGGUCAUAUUAUUUCAUAAGACUUUAUGUAUACCCACCUCCUCCUUAUUCUAUGACUCCAGAGCAUCAAGCUAAGAUGUUGGAAACAAUGAUUCAACUUCGUGUUGAUCCUAUUGAUGGACUUACAUCUACCUAUGACUAUGAAAACAAUCGAUGGAAAAAUUAGGUUUCACACAUUUAUUAAUAUUAUUCAUGUAUCUUAAUAGAUUUAAAUAAUGAGAAAUGUAUAUGUAACAUGAAUGCUUCAGUAAACAUUUUUUCUGGGUUCAAAUUGUUCAUGUUCUGUAAAUGUAUUUACAAAAAUUUUUGAAAUAAAAGUCGGAAGAUUAUUACUA